GUGUUGAGACGAGUUUGAGAAGGAUAGGUUUAACUGAAAUUGCGCGAUGUCGGUUCAUUUUGUGGAUAAAAUAUCGAGUUUUUUGUAAACAUCUGCUGAGCUUCUCAUAGGAUUGCUAUAACAAAAUGACAUUAAUAGAAGGUGUGGGUGAUGAAGUAGUGCAAUUUGUAGCUGUGGUAUUGAUCAUUCUGGUAGCAGCCUUAGCUUGGUGGUCCACUAAUGCCAACCCAGAUCGCUACAGGACUGUUCUUGUUAUGAGAUCCCGUGCUCAUCAUCCUGUCACUGUCAGCAUUAGAACUAGGUCCAAUUUGAUGAUAACAAGUACACAAAACAUACAAGCUUCUCCAUCAGGUAUCAUAGGUGGCAACGCAAGUGAGUCGACAGACGAGGCUCAUAGAGAGCACGCGCGCGUGAUACCGCUCCAAGAGAUGGACAGCAUCGUGGACGCUGAUAUGGCAAUGUUAGAUAACAACCGUCUGCAUUUCUAUAGGAGGAUUGAUUCCCCAAACACCAUCCAGACGGUGUUAGAAUCACCAAACGAGGAGAACGAAAAUCAAGAAGAGACCGAACCGGCCAGUAACGAUCAGAUUCGUGAAAUGGACAGCAUUGUUAGCGCCAUGGAGGCUGAUGUACCCACUACCUGUGACUUGUUCUCACGACCUAGUAUUGAAGCCAAUACAUCAUCAUCAGCAGAAAAAGAUAAAACUGAAAGUAAAAAUUCAUCCACUUCGCCGGAUAAGGAGGAAAAUGAUGUUGUGACGUCAGACGCGGGGCAGGGUACCAGCGCCGACGCAGAGGGAGACGGGGACCGAAGGAAGAUUCUAAUCAAGCUCAAGUACUUGAACGAUACGUUGAAGGAGGUCGAGGGGAGCCUAGACGAGAUGUUAAAGGAUUUUAAAUGGCGGCAUUUUUCCACGGAACUGUCAGCGGAAUGCCGCGUGAGGCUGAUCUUCAACGGGCGCCCUCUGGCGGACGACUCAGCCACUUUACGCGCCUGCGGUCUGCACCACCGCGCCGUCGUACAUUGCCUUGUGCACCCCAAAUCUAAUCAGAACAAUCAGCCGCAGAACGGACCGGAGGAGGGCAUGGGAGUGACUCACGAGCUGAUCACGGAGGGCGCCCCUCCCGAGCGCGCCUGGGACCUCGAGAAUAUUCUCAUGACUUUGGUCUCCGUCGCCCUUACCGUCGUCUGGUUCUUCAGAUGCGAAUACUCGAACAUGUUCACGGCGAGCGCCAGCGUGGCCCUGUUCGGCCUGACGGUAUUCUACAGCGUGGCGAUCUUCGGCCUCUACCUGUCGGACACAUUCCACUUCGAGCGCCGUGCCGCCCCUGUGCCUGCGCAGGACCCGCCCGUGCCUAACAACUAAACUCGCUAUGGCUGACAACAGGUUUACUACAAUGCCAUUUGCAGUCGGUUACUUACGAAUUAUACCUGAAAAAUCCCGACUAGAAAUAUAAAACCGCUCGUGAAUUGACAUCUUCAACACGAAUUAUCGUGUUGAAAUGUCAAGUUUGACGAAAUUUUCUUCACAUAGUUCGACUGAUUCGUAAUGUAAUGUUGUGAUGUAAUAAAUGCAUUGCACGACACAUUUUCGGCAAAAUUAUUGCUAGUUACUUUCAUUCGUGUCGUUAUUUACAGGAUGGUUUGGGACGGGUCAACACGUCAAUACCUUGAUCGUCAGGAAAAUGGUCCUAGAAAACUGUCCAUGAAGUUGGAAAAUAUUUCAGUUAGCUUUAACAGAUUUUGAAAUGAUACCAGUCAGCAAAAAUAAUAUGUUAGUUUUUUGCAGUUGUUGACAUUUCAUACCUAGACUUUUGAUCCUUACCAGAAACAGGAUCUAAUGGCAUUACAAAAAAUUCGUAAAAAUUGUCUUUGAUUUGCUGAUUAUACCAUUUUUUUUUCAUAAUCCGAUAAAACCAAAUGAAGAAAAUUCAUAGACAGUCUUCUAGAUCCGUUUUCUCUACUUAAAUAAAUAAUAGUAAAGGUUAAGGCUUAUUGAAGCUGCCCUUGCUGACUUGUCUUAAAUUUCCACCCAGUAUAACUGGUGAGAUUUUUUCAGUGUAAGCCAUUCACAUCAAGUGGAGAUCUACUGUUUUUUGCCUUCGAGUUUUUCUUUUUCGCUUUGAUGGCUAAAGGGCGAUUAGUUGUAUAUUCAUACAUGCGGUAUUAUCAGUGACCACUUACUGCUGACCUUGUCGUUCUAUUGCUGCCCGUGAACUCCUGUAUCUCCCCAAGGGGAGCGGGGAAGUACUGUAUUUAAACAUAUAAUUUCCCAACGUGAUGUUACGUUAUACUAUUUGUUGAUAAACACAGCAUUUUACAGUUCAACUUUGGUAGAUUAUGGUUUAACUUUUCUUUCGAACACUACGUCGUCAGUGAUAGAUUGACAGGUUAAGUAACCGACUCUAUAUUGAAACAGCUAAGGGAUUUGUUAGUAUAAUCAGUUAAAAUGUAAUCAAUGCCAAAGUCAUGUUUGAUAUGUCGAGGCAAAAUUACAAACCCCUUCAUUCGAUAUGUAUAAUGAUAAGCUGAGCCAACGUGGGUGCUAACAUAAUCUAAAGUGUUUAAAUGUAGCAGUAGAGCUCCUUGUGAAAGAGUUCAUCCAGGAUGGUACUGUCACCUUACCUAUUUCUGCCACCAAGCAGUAAUGUCAGUAUUACUGUGUUCCAGUUUUGAAGGG